AUGCUGGCGGUGCUGGCCGUGCUCUGCAGCACGGUGACGGUGGCAGCGACAACGGGGACGACCACGCUGACUUUAGCAGUGGUGUUACCCGAACGCAACCUCACCUACCCGUGGGCUUGGCCACGAGUGGGACCGGCGGGGCGUUUAGCCACCGCCACUGUUAACGCCCGUCCCGAUUUAUUACCCGGUUUUACCUUACGGUGGGUUUUCGGUAGCAGCGAGGAUCGACACGGUGUUUGUUCUGAAAUGGCUGCGCCGUUGGUUGCCGUCGACCUACAGCUCGCUCAUCACCCUGCCGCUUUUUUGGGACCCGGUUGCGUCUAUACGGCAGCACCGGUCGCCCGGUUUACCAGCCACUGGCAGCUUCCACUGGUGACAGCGGGUGCCGAAGCUCACGGCUUUGACGACAAGCAAGAGCAAUUUGGGUUGACCACCCGUGCGGGUCCCAGUCACCGCAAACUGGGUGAACUGGGCGUGCAGCUCCAUCGUCAUUUCAACUGGACCCAUCGGGCUUUACUUGUUUACUGGGACGAGAAGAUGGAUGACCGGCCAUACUUCUUCGCCGCCGAGGGGCUGUACGUCCAGCUGCCCACCCUGCGCAACCUCACUGUCAUGGAUGUCGUCUUCCGCGACGGCGGCAACUUCUCCUUCAUCAUCCAGGAGAUCAAGCAGAAGGGACGCAUUGUCUACGUCUGCUGCGCCCCGGAGACGCUACGGGAGCUGAUGCUGCAGGCAGGACGCGAAGGGCUGACCCACGGCGACUAUGCCUUCUUCUACAUCGACAUCUUCGGGGCCAGCCUGCAGGGCAGCCGCUUCCCUGAGCCCCAGCGGCCCUGGAAGCGGGGGGACCACCAUGACGCCAGCGCCCGGCAAGCCUUCGAGGCUGUCACCAUCAUCACCUACAAGGAGCCCGAAAACCCCGAGUAUCAGCCCUUCCUGGCACGGCUGAAGGAGGAGGCACUCGCCCACUUCAACUUCUCCAUGAAGGACGGCUUGAUGAACUUCAUCGCGGCUGCCUUCCACGAUGGGGUGCUGCUCUACGCCCAGGCCCUCAACGAGACACUGGAACAGGGCGGCUCCAUCACCAAUGCCUCUGCCAUCACCCGCCAGAUGUGGAACCGCACCUUCUACGGCGUCACCGGCUUCCUGAAGAUCGACGAGAAUGGGGACCGGGAGAGUGACUACUCCCUGUGGGACAUGGACCCUCUGAGGGGGGACUUCCAGAUCGUGGCCAACUACAACGGCACCACCAAGAAGAUCCAGAUGGUGCCAGGGCGUGAGAUCCACUGGCCGGGAAACGCGGUCCCCUCCGACAUCCCCCCCUGUGGCUUCGAUAACAGUGACCCACUGUGCCGCAAAGCCAACCUGUCCACGCUGGAGGUCUUGUCCCUCGUGGUCAGCCUGAUCCUCCUGGCCAUCACCAUCACCUCCUUCUUCAUCUACAGGAAGCUGCAGCUGGAGAAGGAGCUGGCGGCCCAGCUGUGGCGUAUCCGCUGGGAGGAUGUGCAGAUGAGCAGCUUGGAGAAACACCUCCGGAGCACCGGCAGCAAGCUCACCCUCUCCCUGAGGGGCUCCAACUACGGCUCACUGAUGACCACAGAAGGGCAGUUCCAGAUCUACGCCAAGACGGCAUAUUACAAGGGCAACCUUGUGGCCGUGAAGCACCUCAACCGCAAGCGCAUUGAGCUGACGCGCAAGGUCUUGUUCGAGCUGAAGCACAUGCGGGAUGUCCAAAACGAGCAUCUGACCCGCUUCAUCGGCGCUUGCACCGACCCCCCGAAUAUCUGCAUCCUGACUGAGUACUGCCCACGCGGGAGCCUCCAGGACAUCUUGGAGAAUGAGAGCAUCACACUGGACUGGAUGUUCCGCUAUUCCCUCACCCAUGACAUCGUCAAGGGGAUGCAGUUCCUGCACAAUGGGGUGAUCAUCUCCCAUGGGAACCUCAAGUCCUCCAACUGUGUGGUGGACAGCCGCUUCGUGCUGAAGAUCACGGACUAUGGGCUGGAGAGCUUCCGCGUGGCCCCCGACAGCGAGGACUCCCACGCGCUUUUUGCCAAGAAGCUGUGGACAGCGCCCGAGCUGCUGCGGAUGGAGUCGCCGCCAGCCCGUGGCACACAGAAGGGUGAUGUUUACAGCUUCGGCAUCAUCCUGCAAGAGAUCGCCCUGCGCAACGGCGUCUUCUACGUGGAGGGGCUGGACCUGAGCCCCAAAGAGAUCAUUGAGCGAGUGAAGAGUGGGGAACGCCCCAGCUUCCGCCCCUCGGCCAAUGUGGGGUGCCACAUGGAGGAGCUAGGCCAGCUGAUGCAGCACUGCUGGGCUGAGGAUGUCCUGGAGCGCCCUGACUUCAACCAGAUCAAGGUCCAGCUUCGCAAGUUCAACAGGGAGAGCAGCAGCAACAUCCUGGACAACCUGCUGUCACGCAUGGAGCAGUAUGCCAACAACCUGGAGGAGCUGGUGGAGGAGCGAACCCAAGCCUACCUGGAGGAGAAGCGCAAGGCUGAGGCUCUCCUUUACCAGAUCCUGCCCCACUCUGUGGCGGAGCAGCUGAAGCGGGGGGAGACGGUGCAGGCAGAAGCCUUCGACAGCGUAACCAUCUACUUCAGUGACAUUGUGGGCUUCACAGCACUGUCGGCCGAGAGCACCCCCAUGCAGGUGGUGAUGCUGCUCAACGACCUCUACACUUGCUUCGAUGCCAUCAUUGACAACUUCGAUGUCUAUAAGGUGGAAACGAUCGGGGACGCCUACAUGGUGGUGUCUGGGCUGCCGGUGCGCAACGGGAAGCUGCAUGCCCGAGAGGUGGCCCGCAUGGCCCUGGCACUGCUGGACGCCGUCCGCUCCUUCCGCAUCCGCCACCGGCCACAGCAGCAGCUCAAGCUGCGCAUCGGCAUCCACACGGGACCCGUCUGUGCCGGCGUUGUGGGUCUCAAAAUGCCCCGGUACUGCCUCUUCGGGGACACAGUGAACACAGCCUCGCGCAUGGAGUCCAAUGGGGAAGCCCUGAAGAUCCACAUCUCAGCGGUGACCAAGGCCGUGCUGGAGGAGUUUGGCUGCUUCGAGCUGGAGCUGCGGGGUGAUGUGGAGAUGAAGGGCAAGGGGAAGGUGAGGACUUACUGGCUGCUGGGGGAGCACGGAAGCAGCACCCGGGGCUGA